AUGCAAAGCUCGCGCCUGCGCGACAGAAAUGAUCGCGAUGAACAAACAAAACUGGAAAUGAAACAUCGACAGGAAGAAGACGACUUGUACAGGAAAUUCUCAAAACACCGCGAAGAAGAAAACAGAAGAAUACGAGAAGAAAUACAAAAUGAAUGGGAAAGGGAGCUAGAAAGACUAACGAGCCGGUUCCAGCAAGAAAUGCAAGUGAAGAAAAGACGGCCAGAUGCCGAGAUAGGCGCCCUGACGCUCAGGCACCAGCAAGAGAGGGCUGACCUGGAGAAGAACAUGACGCUCAGGAGAGAUAAGAAGAAGGAGAGCCUCACGAGGAAGAUGUUGGAGCAUGAAAGGGCAGCCACGGCAGCGCUAGUUGAGAAACAGAGCCACGAGAUGAUGGAGCUGAUCCAGGAAAGGCGCUCGGAGUACAUGGCCGCUUCUUCACUAUACCUAGACGGGGAGGAGGCGCCUCCGUACCCGUCCAGGGCGCCCGCGCCGCAGCCUCCCCUGGUGUCCAAGUUUCACAUAUACACCGACCCGGCGGAGUUCGCGGAUGUUGACAAAAUCGCUAUCUCGGUGGCGCAAGAAGACCAAAAAACCUUCACAGAUCUAGUCCGGCAGCUAGUGGGGAGAUGCGCAACCGACGUGGAGAAGGCGCGGACGAUCUUCCGCUGGAUCACGGUGAAGAACCUCAACAACAUCCAGUUCGACGACAACUUGCGGGGCGACUCGCCUCUAGGCCUGCUGCGCGGCAUCAAGCACGGGACGGAGAGUUACCAUGUACUGUUUAAGAGGUUGUGCAGCUACGCAGGCCUGCACUGCGUGGUGAUCAAGGGCUACAGCAAAUCCGCGGGCUACCAGCCUGGCGUCCGCUUCGAAGACAACAGAUUCCGAAACUCCUGGAACGCGGUAUACGUGGCAGGGGCCUGGCGGUUUGUCCAGUGCAACUGGGGGGCGAGGCAUCUGGUCAACGCGAAAGACGCCCCCAAGCCAGGGAACAGAGGGAAGAGUGAUAGCUUGAGGUACGAAUACGACGACCACUACUUCCUGACGGACCCGCGCGAGUUCAUCUACGAGUUCUUCCCGCUGCAGCCGGACUGGCAGCUGCUGAAGACGCCCAUCACCCUCCACGACUUCGAGGAGCUGCCCUUCGUGCGAUCGCUGUUCUUCCGAUACGGGCUGUACUUCAGCGACCCCAAUACCAAGGCGGUCAUGUACACUGACUCCACUGGUGCGGCGACUAUGCGCAUAGCCAUGCCAGCACACAUGCAGAGCUCGCUGAUCUUCCACUACAACCUCAAGUUCUACGACACAGAGGGCGAUGGUUUCGACGGCGUCAGUUUAAAGAGAUUUGUAAUGCAGUCAGUGGUGGGCAACGUGGUGUCGUUCCGGGUGCACGCGCCCUGCAGCGGCGCCUUCUUACUAGACAUCUUCGCCAACGCCGUCACGCCGCGAGAAUACCUCACCGGCGAGCCCAUGAAGUUCAAGAGCGUUUGCAAGUUCAAGAUUUGCUGCGCCGAGCUCCAGACGGUUAUGGUGCCUCUGCCGGACUGCGCGAGCGGCGAAUGGGGCCCGACCAAAGCCACCCGCCUGUUCGGGCUUGUACCUAUCACUCAUCAGGAGGCGCUGGUCUUUGCCGGGCGCGAACUAGAGAUCCAGUUCCGAAUGUCGCGCCCGCUGGCCGACUUUAUGGCGACGCUGCACAAAAACGGCGUCGAUGAGAAGCGGCUGUCGAAAUACGUGCAGCAGAACGUGUCGGAUGAUAUAGUGUCGUUCUACAUCACUUUCCCUGAAGAAGGUCAAUACGGGCUAGACAUCUACACUCGCGAGCGCGGCGGACCCACCGCAAUCCACCAGAACGGUUCCACGGAGAAAGAGAAGCACCUCCUCACACACUGCUGCAAGUAUCUCAUCAACAGCAGCAAGAGGAAUUGAACCUUAACACCUUCUGAUGAACGCCAAAUUGGGAUACACUAAAAUGCCCACUGCUGCAAACACCUCAUCAACAGCAGUAAGAGAAAUUGAACCUUAAUACCUUCCAAUGACCGCCAAAUUGGGAUGCACUAAAAAUUGUAGGAGAAUAGAGCUCACGUGACGAUAAGUGGAUAAGGAAUCUCGAUGAAUUGAUAUUGAUAUGCCACGGAAUCGAUUAUUUUAAACUAGUGUCACUGCCGAUUAAAAUUAAUAGGCCAACCGUAUGAGAAAAAAAGUUAAAGUUGGAAAAGAUGACGUGUUUAAAGAAUCUUUUAAAGAAACUAGCCGUCUUCUGGCUUCAUCAUCAGACCAGACACGAUUAUAUUGCAAUGUUAUCGAACUUCCAGCUCAAUGAAACUUCGAGGAGUAGGUCAAACUCAACUUGAAAGAUCACCGAGAUACCGCUAAGUUACUUAUUAUAGCAUCUCCAGAAUUUCUAAUCUUUACAAACUAAGUACUAAAAGAUUGAAGACGCGAUACAAUGGUGCGAUUGUUACAUACAAUUCGAAUUACAAUCGAUAUUAUUCGAUAGCGUAUCGAUAACAUAUACUUUUAUUACGAAUUAAUAAGCUCAAAUGUUACGAAUACGAAGCUACAACGCAUAAACGUUUUGAUCGUUCAUUCCAUUCGAAUAACGAAUAAUCGUUAGUCGAUAUUUACUUGGUUAUCGAUUCAAUCGAUUGUUUUCUCUGGAACAAUCGCCCAUUGCUAGAUUAGAGUAAAAAAGAGAGUAUAGUUGUUGAAUGACUCGGUGGGUUGUACUUUUAUUAAAUUACUAUAUUUAUAAUGGAUUUUUACCCAAAUGUAGAUAAUGAAACCUUACUCUAUGUAGGCUAAAAUUAAAUAAAAUCCGU